AUGUUGGCACGUGGGACCCAGUCGGUCUAUGUCUGUCUGCGAUGUCAGAGAAAUCUAGUCGGUGACAACCUCAACCACCCUGCCCGCGUGCUUCGACGAUGGCAGAGCGCAGCUCCAAGCCGCGCGACACUCGACGAAAUCGACUACGGCGCCGACAGCAAUAGCACCCCCGUCCAACAACCUCAAGAUGAAGGCCUGUCCCAACCUCGGCCCCGUGGCAAGCGACAGUUCUGGCGAAAGUGGAAGCCCGAUCCCACUGCUGAACUGGGAGUCGACUCCCUGGGCAAACCUGCCGAAGUCAUACUGCUUCCUUCGAGAGACCGCAGGAUAACCCAAGUACCCACGGCUGACCGCACGGAACGAGCUGGAACCACAUUACAGGAGUCGAUCGAUUCGGAAAAUGUCCCGCUUAGUGGUGCAAAGUUGGCAGAAAAUAUCGAGCAGCUACGCCUUUCGGUGGGGAAAAUGCGCGGGCAAUUGGAAAAGCACGAAUGGAAGACACUGAAGCGGAACUUGAAGACCGGAUUCCAGACCUCACAGUUGAAGAAGUACAUCCGUCUGCGGAAAGGCGACCGUGGUCCUUCUCCGGGGCUGCAGAGGAACCAGAGCAAGGACGAUAUCAUCAGAUAUUUGGCCGAGGAGAUCUGGGGUUUCAUCACUCCUGCACGCGACGAGACCCCGACGGUGCCGGACAAGACAGCGAGAAAGGUCAAAUUCUCGUUCAAUCUAGACGAGCAAGCCAAGCUAGAGCACCUCCUGACACACCCGACGCAGCCGCUGAAGAGGAUCGCAGAGGAACACGACGUCCAGAUUGACGUGUAUCCUUCUCAAUCCAGGAUUAGAACGUUGGGGUACAAACACGAGGCGAAUCGAGCGCUACAGAAGCUUGUUCGUUAUGCGAAGGACCUCGCCUUGGUGGUCAUACCACUGCGAGGACCUCUGGGACUGUUAUACCGGGAUCGCACCGAGGAGGACUAUGCUGAUACCUACCUCAAGUCUCUGCGGCGGAAGUACCAAGGACUGACUAUCGCUCGGGACAAGGACCACAUCACACUGAUCCACCUGAACAACCCUCGUGCAGCUGACCAAGCCCGCCGCGAGAUCUUGCUCUCCGCUCCCCUUAAGGAUGAUACCCAGCAGUCGACUGUCUGGCCAGACGUGGAUGAGCUAACCACCAGCCUCCAGCCUGUUCCUCCUCGCGCAGGACUUCCCGUGAUGUUGCAUCAGUACCAAUGGCUGAGACUGGUCUCAUCUGGCGUCACCUCGCAAACUGUCGGCAGCUCUUCUUUCCGCCGCAUCUUGGGAAGCUUGCGAGAUGCUCUCAACCCUACCGCGACACUUGGCAAAGCAGGGAGUAGACAGGAGCUACAUUGUGAUCUUACUGCGAAAUUUGGAGAAGCGUUAAUCCAGGGAAUCCCACCGCAUGUUGACGUCGAAAACAAAACAACGGUUGGGAGCGAAGGAGAUUUGGAAGCGGGGAAUGAACCAGAGCAGGCGGGUUUCCGCGGUACAAAGUCUCCCGAAGGAGAUUGUGCGAAGGGAAGUGAUCCCAGCGACUUCGAAAUAAAGAAGUCAACUCUGAGAAACAUGAAGCCUUCCACCGAAGCGCCUUCACCAAUCCAGCCCAUGGCCGGGAGCGCCAAAAAGGAGGAAGCAUCAGCACCGUCAACACCACCGGAAUCUUACGGAAGAAGACUCUUUGUUGGGGGAGCUCCAUUCUUGCCACAGCAUCUUGCCAGAAUGGAUCCUUGGCCUGAGCAGUCUUCCGGGGAUUUAGAUGCUAGCGCUCGCGCCAUACUGCGACUAGAGCUCUGUCCAAGCUCGACAGCUGAUUCGCAUGAGUCUCCUAGAUUCGAGAUCUUCGUGACUGCUGGUGAAGCAAUCGAUGGGAAGAGAUCUGUCCUCAGCAUCGCCAGGAUAUCUGCCGUCCAUCAAGAUGAUCACUUCACUGUCUCGUGUCCGCGGAACGACGUCGACGUCGCCUUUACACUGCAGCUCAAGCAGGACCUUGCCUAUCCCGGUUCAGUCGAUACGGGCGUCUCUCAACCCUUGAUGAAGGCAUUCCGCAGCUAUAUUGGCCAUGCCCAGUCGACCGGCUCCUCUGACUGGGUAUUUCUGCCUUUUGUCAACCUUCCGAUCCAUCACACGCUGAGAAACGCGCACGAGCACGUCCAGCACGCUGCGGCUAAGAAAUCCAAAACAGCUCGACAGAAGCGAAGAACCUCAGCACAGGGCGAUGUUAAGCUAGAGUAUCUUCUUCGCACGGUGGACGUCGUCGACGUUGACUCGAGAACACUGCCGAUUCGGCCACCCGGCGCGCCUACGGAAAACACGAAGAGAGUGCAAUCUCGCUCGAGUGCGGCGCGCUUCUGCCUCGACCAUAUCACCUACACCGGCGCGGACGCCACCAGACAAGAACUCCGUCUGGCUCAAAGUCCAGUCCUCCACCCACCGACGCUGUCGCCGCUGCAACCGCAUCUCCCUUCCUUUGUAGGUGCAGCACUAAGCUUGGCGGAGCGGCUGAGUGGCAAUCCCCUGAAACCCGGAUAUCCUGCGAGGCAAGUGCUUGAGUUUGAGCCGCUGCAGGACGACCUCGAGGUUGAACGGCUAGAGGAAAGAAAAGCCACCAAGCCAGGUAAAGAGGCGCAUCCAGAAGACAAUGCGAAGGCGAAGAAACAGAAGGCAUUAAAGAAAGGUCAACAAUCCAAGUCGAAGUCGAAGUUGAAGCCGAGGAUGAAUACCAGGUCGUCCAAGAACAACAUACCCCAGACCAAACCGACAGCAGAGGCCGCACCCCAGACGAAGGGGUCAUCAGACUGA